AUGACGCUAAACGACAUUAUCCAGUGGCUGUGCACGCUUGGAGAGGAGGUGGCCCAGAUUCCGACACGAGAUCUCAUAAAUAAGGAAACGAACUCCUAUGGGGCAUUGCCCAUGGGCACGGCAGCCUGGAGAGGGCACUUGCGGGUGAUGCAGUGGCUAUACGAGAAUGGGGCCGUGGUGAACGCGAGGGACAGAUACAACCGAACAGCGUUGCACUGGGCGUCGUGCAGGGCUGACCUCCACGUUAUGGAGUGGUUAGUGAGCAAGGGGUCCUUUGACGUUAACGGAACAGGUUCUGAAGGUCGGACGGCGCUUCAUGAGGCGGCUGAGGUAGGGCGCGUCCACGUGGUGCGGUGGCUGCUUGAUAGAGGUGCCGAAAUCGACAAGCAGGACGAUGAAGGCUGA